AUUUUUUACCCAGAUUCCCAUAGCACAGAUAAAUUCCUAUCCUAAACAGCAUACUAUCAUGUGCAUAAACAUACGGCGGAGCGGCUGGGCAGAGGAGGAGGUCCUCGAGAUGCCAAAAUAAAUGGUAUAUUCGUCUUUUGGCACUUCGCGUGACGUCAUCAGCGUGCUCGGAGGCAACAUGGCGGAUACAUUUGCCAAGUACCAUUGCAACUACUGCGAAGAGGAUGUGAACGGACUGAGGGUGCGGUGCUUGGAGUGCGACGACUUCGAUCUUUGUUUACAGUGUUUUGCUUGCGGUGCUGAGAUUGGAAAGCAUAGAAGUGGACACGCCUAUCAAUUUAUGGCCGGUGUUUUCCAGGACACAGGAAACUUUAGCAUUUUCCCCGGUCAAGGCCAUUGGACUGCCAGAGAGGAGGUCAGAUUGCUGGAUGCCAUUGAGCAGUAUGGGUACGGUAACUGGGAGGACAUUGCGCGCCAUAUCGAGACUCGCACUCCGGAUGAAGCAAGAAAUAAGUACAUCAGCAGUUACAUAGAUGGAGCUAUUGGGCGAGCCUCCUGGAAACCAGCGUUAGAAAGAUUGCAGCUCCCCAUUGAGCACACAGUCCCUGACACAGGACCACUCUCGCCAACUCUAGGGUCUUCACUACCCUCUCAGCCACCCUCCACUGAGGAGAACACUAUACUUGGAUACAUGCCACACAGAGAUGAUUUUGAGAGGGAAUGGGAUAAUGAUGCAGAAACAACGAUAGCUCCAUUAUUUAUUCAUCCAGUUGAUGAUGAAGAUGUGGAUAUGGCUCUCAAACUUGCACAAGUUGAUAUGUACAUGCGCCGUCUUCGUGAAAGAUCGAGAAGAAAACGGGUAGUUAGAGAUUUCCAGGUUGUUCCACAAUUUUUCAAGAAGGAAAGAGAAAAAGCCCAAGUUCCGCCAAAAAAGAAAAGCAAAGAUGAUAAAUAG